ACUUCUCAUUUCUCACUUGCACACACUUUAGCUCUCCCAUUUGCUUCCAAGUUCUGCAUUGUUUCAAGUUUCUUUCACUUGCACCCACUCACUCUCAAGUCAAGAUGCCUGUGAAAAGAGCAAGAACCAACACAAGAGCUGCAGCUUCUUCCUCUACCUCCCGGAGUUUUGAUCGCUCCCGCUUCCUAUCAGCGGUUAAGGAGGAGUUUUACCGAGCUCACCUAGCACACAAGGAGUGUGUGAAGGAGCGAGGAGUUUUGUAUCGGGAGGGAAGAAGAGACCUCUUGGGCAUGCAAGAAGCCAUGGAGAUUAGGAGGUGGAAGAAUUGGGUCAACCCCAUUCUGUUUGCUUGUGAAGUCAUGGUUAGAGAGUUCUACGCGAACACCUACUGUGACAAUCAAGAGGACAGGUCCAGGCCACCGGUGAAUUCAUCUUGGUUCAGGGGAGAUGUGAUUGACUACAAUCCAGCAGUCAUUCGCAGGCAUCUUGGUCUCCUCACGGAGGACCAAGAGAAGGAGCUUUUCCCCGAGAAGGACACUUAUCAUGAGCUCUUAAAGGAGAAGUCACCGGAGAUCUUGGAAGACAUGAAGGCAGUGAUUGUUAGGCCUGGGCGGGACUGGGAAGCAGUUGAUGAUGAGAUUAUUUUUGUAAGAAGGAAGGAUAUGACACCGCUGGCUAGAGUUUGGGCUGAGUUUUUGCAGGAUUCCCUCAUCCCUAGCUCUAACAAAUCUGAAGUUAGAGAGGUUACAUUGGUUGCUAUCUAUUGCAUCGUGAGAGGUCAUCCUAUGGAUGUGGCCACCAUCAUUGGAGGGGAGGUAGCACAUCAGACCCUAGGUACAAUGGGCCCUUGGAUUUUAAUACCUUGGAGCAGGGGAUGAUAGACUUGAGCUUGAUGCAUGAUGCCGGAGUUCAUCCGGAUUAUGGCGAUGGAAGGGGUGACCAUGACCCCAUGGAGUGAUUGUGCUGAGGUAACUCUACUCUUAGUUUAGGUCAUGCAUUUUUAGCAUAUUUUCAAUUUAUAGAUUUUGUUUUCUUUUGAUCAUGCAUUGUUUUAGUUGGUUUUAUUUUUGGGUCUUUACUUUCCUAUACUCACAUGCUUUUAGCUAAAGGUUUGCUUCCCUACUAGUACUGUUUUUGAAAAUGCUUUGGUGAAUACUUGUUGUUGUUUCGGGGAUGAGUGAUUGCAUGUUGGGGAAGAGAGGAGGAGACUUCGGUCUUCCGAGUGUCUCUUGAGAAAGGAGUCGGUGUGAGUCCAUUAAGGGUCUAUCUUUGACCCUUCACCAUAAAAAUUCUCUGGAGGAUCCUGACUCACUUGCAAUUCUUGGUUCUGCGUUAAUUUCACUCAUAGCAUGCUUAGUGAUUUCUGUUUUAUUCUUGAGACUUAUAGGAUUUCUUGAGAUUCUGAGUUCGUGGUUGAACAUUGCCCUUAGUUGUCCCAUUUGAGCUUAAUUGAAGAAUCUUUUUGUAGCCAAAAGUUUGGGAUGGUUGUUUGGAUGGAAUAUUGGGGAGUGAUGGUCCUUGCUGUGUUGUGUGGAGCUAAAAAAAAUGAGAAAUAGCCUCUUGCCCCAAAAGAAAAAAAACAGUGAAAAAGAAGAAAGAAAAAGAACUCCUAACCAAAAGUUGGAGUUGGGAAAAAAGAAAAAAAAAGGGUUUGAAAAGUUGGGUGCAAGAGACUUGUGCAAAGAAAAGUGUUGUAAGCUCCGGGGUUAUUAGAAGAGGACCACACUCAAUGUGCUUGAAAGCCUAGUUUUCCUUUAGGGACCAACCACCAUCAUGUUUUACCUAGCCAAUGUUUCAACCCUUAUGGAAGUCUCUUUGAAUAUUUGCACGUUUGAUCUUUGUUGCUAUUGAGUGAAUGACAUUCAGGACCUAUGAACUUGUUUGUGUGCUCAGUGCACUUAAUGAACAUCUCAUCCUAGGAUUUUUAGAUCUAUAUGCUUCUCAUGAAUGAACUCUACACUCUUCUCUCUUCAAAGGAUGCAUGAAGUAGGUUGUUGGAUCUUUCUCUUGAAACUAGCUGUGAUUACUUUGUUCCCCUGUUUUUUGUGAAGUAUUCCUUGUUGUGAGCACUUGUGUGGGAGCAUUUCUUGCGCUUGAGGGAAAGCGAGUGUUUUUUACGCUCGAGGGCGAGCUGUCGUUGAGUAUAGUGGUGUGAUGACCCUAUUUUAGUAGUGUUUUUAGGGUCAUUUCUUUGGUUGUUUUGAGUCUUUUUGUUGAGUUUCAUGUAGUGUUUCAUGCAUUCUCAUGCAUUUUUAUCUUUUCUUUAGUUUUUAUUUUGUUUUGGUAAUUUAGUAGUUUUAUAGGGAGUUUUCUUGCAUUUUAAGUAAAGUUUAGGACUUGCAUGGUUUUGUUGUGUUUUAUGAGGGACUUCUUGUGCUAAUGAGCUCUUGGAGCUUCUAGAAUCUUCCUUGUCUUGUUGGUUAGGUUUGGAGUGCAGAAACUGAAGGAGAAGGAAGGCCAAGAAGCAUGGAAUUGAUGAAGAACAUAAAGAGAAUUGAAAAGAGGAGUUUCAGAAGCCAAAAAGUCAUUUUCAGGCGAGCUAGAGCGCCUAGGCGCUGGGAGUGGGCGCCUAGGCGCCAAUAGGGUCAGAGAGCAUGUCUUCUGACAUGCAAUUGGCGCUCAGGCGCUCUGAAUUGGCGCCUGAGCGCCCAGUUUCGUUAGUUUCAGCCUAUAAAUAAGGCUUAGGCCAAUUUCUUUGAUACAUUUUGUCAUUUCACUAAUUUUUGAUCAAGUUUUGAGAGCUGAGGAGAGCUUUGGGACCAAGGGAGGUUUCCAACUUGUAUUUCUUCUCAGGUUUUCUUUACAUUUCCUUUAUGAAUUCACUAGCCAUGAGUGGCUAGUUUACUUUUUUUCUUUGGGUUAAGAGAUUAUAUGAAACUUUAGUUUAUAAUUCCUAUCUCUAUGCAUGAGUCUUGAUUCAA